AUGCCGCCGCCUUCACAACUCGCCAUUGCUACAGGCUCCGUCAACCGCCUUCUCAAGGAGGAAGCUUCGUACUACAAGGAGCUCGAACAGGAGGAAGCCAGCAUUGAAGCCUUGAAGAAGAAGAUUGACAGCGGCGUCGGCGACAGUGAUGAGAACGCCCCGUACAUACUCAAGCAGCAGCAAACCGCCCUCGAGCAGACAAAGGGCGUUUUCGGACCCCUGCGAGAAAAGAUUGCCCUCGCUAUCGAGAAGCUAGAGGAGCAGCUCGCUGUAAGCGACCAGCUCAAUGUGCCGGAGGAGCAGGUGCAGCAGGCCAAGGAGACGCUGGCCAAGGCCAAGGCCACUCAGACCGAUGCGUAA